AUGGCAGCGAAUAUGGAUGAGAAGGCAAGCGCCCAAAUAAGUCUCGAACUUUCUUCAACAGGUUCUUACCGAGUGAAACGGUGCUUGCUCGCCGCAAUCGUUUUUGCUAGCACGUGCUUUCUCUUGACGUCUCGAUAUACUUAUAACACGCACUUUAACUCUUCGCCACAUACCAUCUCUUCAUUCCAAAAAUGCUCAAUCAACAACUUCCUUUCCACCGGUCUCCCAUUCCUCGAUAACGCCGCCCCACUUCCAAUCUCCGAAUUCGUUCAACGCCGCCAGAAUCUCGCAACAGCCCUCGUAGCUGACGGACUCGAUGCAUUUGUCGUCGAGCCAGGGUACACAUUCCAGUACUAUGCUAAUAUUAGCCAAAAAGAUUGGGAGGUCUGGGAACCCGAAGAGCGGCCGUUUCUGAUGGUUGUGCAUCCCGUAGUGGGGCAUGAUGGUGAGGUGAAAGCAAAGACCAGAUUCCUCUGUCCUAGUUUUGAGGUCGAGAGGGCGAGGUUGUUGGGUAUGCCAUUCGAUGAUGAGUUGGAGUUUGUGAGCUGGGAGGAGCAUUGGAAUCCUUAUGAGACGCUGAGGGAGAAUUGGAAUGGUGACAAAAGUGGGAUUGUUAAAGACCCCAAGGUCAUGGUUGAUGAUGAGAUGAGAGACUUCAUCCAGCGGGGAUCGGGCGAAAAUGGAUUUGAAGUUGUGGGACUCGGUGGGGAGGUUGAGAGGGUGAAGCAGACGAAGACCAAGAGGGAGAUUGAGAUUUUGAGAGCUGUGAAUACUGGAACUGUGGAAGCAGUGAGGGAGAUGAGGAAGUGUAUGUAUCCUGGAUUGACUGAGGACGAGGUCAUGGAAGUGCUGGACAACACUUUAAGAGCAGCGGGGCUGGAGCCGUUCUUCGACAUUGUUCUAUUCGAUGAAAAUGCCUCCAACCCACAUGGUGGAACGGAUGGAAGCAAAGUCUUGGAAGCAGAGACUUUUGUUCUCAUAGAUGUUGGUGCUCACCUCUACGGCUACUCCUCUGACAUCUGCCGAACAUUCUUCCCACCUUUCAAUCCCAAACCUACCACCCCAGUCGAGUUCGCUACUCUCUCAUCUCUCGUCAAAGAAAAGCUCUCAGUCUGGGACCUUGUUCUGGAUGCCCAAACCGCUUCAAUGGUCGCCAUGCAUGCCAAUGCCACAGCAGCAUCAAUCGACAUCGCUGCUCGAAACAUAAUCUCAGACGCUGGAUACGGCGAUGCUUUCACUCACCGUGUUGGUCAUGGGAUCGGCAUCAAAGCUCACGAGAGUCCGUACAUGAAUAAGGGAAACACGGAGACUUUGUUGAGGCAGGGUAUGACGUUUACUAGUGAGCCAGGUGUCUAUCUCGUGGAUAAAUUUGGCGUGAGACAUGAGGAUGUGCUACUUGUAGGAGAAGGUGAUGAGUUGCCUAAGGUCUUGUCGGGUACGAGAGCAGUUGGGCCGUGGGACCCUUGA